AUGAUGUCGUGUACGCGUUCCGCCGAGGACGUGCCUCGCACCCCCGAGGCGCAAACUGCCUACGAAUCAGAGACGCCCAAAACCCCCGAAAAGAACAUGGCAGCGAAAAGCGAAUUGUCGGACUUUGAAAAGCAGCGUUUGGCAAACAUUGCCGAGCGUGAUGCGCUGUUGAAAAAACUCACAAUCGAGUCGCAAUCGUCCGGCCUCUUCGCAAGCCCUAAGACCCCCAGCACCAAUGUCACGAAACCGAAAAAGCGCCCGACUCCUAAAGUGAAGGUCGAGGAAGAUACCACGCCCCGGCGCACAUCAUCGCGCCUCAAAGGCAUUGCGGCCGAGAGUGAAGUAGCGAAGCGCAAGGCCGACGACGAGUAUGAGGCAAUGCGCGAAGCGGAUAGAAUCAAGAGGAUGCGUCGGACAGGCUCGUUCAGUCAAGCGGAUAUGUUUAUUUCUGGCCAAAAGCUUGAUGCAGAGAGCCUGAUCGGCGUGGAUGUCAUCACCAAGGGUGUUGCGCAGCCCUAUGAAAGGACCUUCGGGGACGAUGAAAUUGAGAAGACAACGGACAAAGAGCUCAAGGCUCUUCGGGAGGAGAUGAAUGGGCUUAAAUUGUGGGAGUCUUGGGACCCUCAGCGGAUCAAGAUCACCCCGGAACGUGUGUACAGCAUGGCCUUCCACCCCUCCGAAUCCAAACCUCUUAUAUUCGCGGGCGACAAGUUAGGUCAUCUGGGCAUGUUGGAUGCUUCGCAGGAAAAGCCCGCAGUUGGCGAGGACGACGACGAGGACAACGAUGACCCAGACCCAGUUCUGACCACACUCAAGCCACAUACCCGAACUAUCAGCGCAAUGAUGGUCAACCCCUCAAAGCCGACACAUUUGUACACCGCAAGUUAUGACAGCUCAAUCCGAUCCCUGGACUUGGAGAAAAUGGUCUCAUCAGAGACCUAUGCUCCUGAAUCCACAAACAUCGAUGAAGCGCUUUCCGGAGUAGACAUGACUCCCGACGACCCUCACACCUUGUACUGGACUACACUUCAAGGUGGAUUCGGACGGUAUGAUACGCGCACGCCGCGGAAAGAUAACAAUGUGUCAAACUGGGAUCUUUCUGAGAAGAAGAUCGGAGGCUUCACAUUGUGUCCCUCCCAGCCCCACUACUUCGCGACAGCAAGUCUGGAUCGAUUCUUGAGGUUAUGGGAUCUGCGCAAGCUCUCCCCUGACAGUCCCACGCCUAUUGCCGAGCAUGAAAGCCGGCUUUCGGUUUCGCACGCAGCCUUCAAUGCUGCUGGGCAGAUUGCUACUUCUUCCUACGACGACACAUUGAAAAUCUACGAUGUGGGCGCAAAGGGUCUCUCUUCAUGGAAGGAGGGCCACCGACUUGCAGAGAAGGAGUUUACUCCAGACAAUGUUGUUCGUCAUAACUGCCAGACUGGCCGCUGGGUUACCAUUCUCCGCCCUCAAUGGCAGAUCAACCCUCAAUCUUCCAUCCAGCGGUUCUGUAUCGGCAACAUGAACCGGUUCGUGGAUGUUUACAGUAGCAAUGGAGAUCAACUUGCUCAACUUGGUGGUGAUGGCAUCACUGCUGUUCCUGCUGUGGCUGUGUUCCACCGUAGCAAGAACUGGGUUGCUGGUGGGACUGCUAGUGGCAAGCUCUGUCUAUGGAAGUGA